AACACAAUAUUCAGUUAAAUGGAUGUUCAUAUCGUGAGAAUAAACAUAGGUGUCAUGAUGAGCUUAUUCUUACUUGAAGUUAGUCUAGUCCUCGGUGAUAUAGGCACUGCAACAUCUUAUCAUCCUCCUUAUACACCAACAAGAUGCAAUGGGAACAGAGCAGAUCAGUUUCCGUCAGGGAAUUUGUUUGUAGCAGUAAGUGAAGGACUUUGGGAUAACGGGGCAGCAUGUGGGCGGCGUUACAGACUGAGAUGCUUGAGUGGAAGUGGUCGUAGGCCGUGCAAGGGCGGCACUAUUGAUGUUAGGGUGGUGGAUUACUGCAACAAACGGCCAUGCCCCUCCACCAUUGCUCUCUCAGCUGAUGCUUUUUCACAAAUCUCUCCAUCUACUAAGGCUAAAAUUAACAUCGAGUACAUCCAGAUCUAGUACGAAGAAUUGCUGCGGAUCUUUUUACCAACUCAUCAGUAUUGAUGAUAAGAUUUUGCAGUUAGUUUACAAGAAACUGAAGCAUAGAAGAGAGGAUAGCUGCUAAACAUAUGUGACAACUAUAGAAAGCUGUAAUAAAAUAACCUCUUACAAAAAAUGUAAAGUUUGAUCACCCUCUAUCUUGAAUUCUGCGUAUACCAGAAGUUUGACGCAUCAAAGUCAAAUAUCCAUUUAAGUAGAGGUGGUGGAAAAAAUCAUAUGUACUAGUUGUCACUAUUGAAGCUAGCUGGGACUCUUUAUUUUUCUUUUUUUGUAUAACUGUUGCGUCGAAACGUACAUGUAUACUUAUGCACUUUGUACGAGUAAUAUAUAUUUUAAGUUCAAGUAUUCUAAAGACUUAUGAAUAA